AUGCUAAGGGUCCUAGUUUUGUGCUUGACGUGGAUAGCGACGUUGGUCGCAGGGUACGGAGUCGACUAUACUCAGUGCCCUAACAAUCCCUUUGUACGGCAAGGACUGGUGGUGUCACCGGAAGAGGCAGAAUGGAUCAAGGGUCGAGACUCGGUGACUCAAUCACGUCUAGAGCAAUUUUUGCUCGAUGCAUCGAUGGAAGACUUCGAUGCGUCGCUGUUCUUAUCGCUGAGUCUGAAACCAAUUCGGAUUGGGCUUGCAUUCUCUGGUGGUGGCUACCGAGCCAUGCUUGCGGGGGCUGGCCAACUAUCGGCGUACGACGAACGGACUGUCAGCAAUAACAACCCCAUGGCUGGAAUUUUGCAGUCGCUGUCGUACAUCACCGGGUUACUGGGGGGUCUGUGGUUGCUUUCGUCGAUGGUGGCAAUUAAUUUCCCUCCGGUGGACCAGGCAAUAGGUACUACCGGCUUCUGGGAUUUGAACCGCAACCUUUUGGACAUCAAGGGGCUCUUUAAUAUUUUUACCAACGGAUUAUACAUUCUUAGCGUCAGUUUGGAUAUCACCACCAAGCUUGUGCUGACAAUGCCGGUGACGUUGACCGACAUUUGGGGACGGCUUUUACUGUACAACAUUUUGCCUGGAGUGCAGAAUUAUGGCAGCGACUUCCAGAUCUCCGAUUUGCAGGCAUUGAGCAAAUUCUCUAGCCACGACAUACCGUUCCCGAUCAUGGUGCUGACGCUGAGACGUCCACAAACGUUGGUCGUGGACCAAGAUUCUGUGCAGUUUGAAAUGAAUCCUUUUGAAUUUGGGUCCUAUGAUCCCAGAGUAUCAUCAUUUGUGCAACAAGAGUAUUUGGGCACGAGGGCAAAUGAUGGGAAAGCGGUAGGGUGGUUCAGCCUUGGCAGUGCUGAGUGCCGUUCGAGACUUGACAACUUGAGUUUUGAGUUUGGCACGUCACUGUCAAUCUUCAACUAUUUGUUCAAGGAUUUUGAUGUGGAAUCGCUUCCUCCCAUUAUCAAACAAAUUGUGAAGCUUUUCAUCGCUAAAGCUACCGCAUUGCCUAUAGAUGUGGCGAAGUAUCCCAACCCCUUCAUGGAUAUACCCGACGGCAACACUAAUAUUGCCAAAAACGAGUCUUUAUUCCUUUGCGAUGGCGGCUUUGAUGAUCAAAACGUCCCCUUAGCUCCUCUCCUCCAAAAGGACCGCGAAGUUGACGUCAUAUUUGCCCACGACAACAGUGCCGACACCCUCAACUGGCCUGAUGGGACUGCCCUCAUCACCACUUAUCAAAAUCAAUUCACCGAGAAGGGACACAAGGCGUCGUUCCCUCCUGUGCCCAACACUUACACCUUUUAUUACGGUAACUUGACGGCACGGCCAACGUUCUUCGGGUGUUAUGCUCAAAACAUGAUCGGUGAGGUUGCUGGCAGCGCCAUCGAUACUCCGUUGGUGGUGUACAUGCCCAAUCGUCCGUUUUCGUUUUGGAGCAACAUGUCAACGUUCAAAUUGACAUAUACCACCAAUGAUCGUAACGGCAUGAUUCGUAACGGAUUUGAGACAGCCACCCGCCUCAAUGGUACUCUUGAUAAGGAGUGGUCGGCGUGUGUUGGCUGUGCCAUCGUCCAGAGGGCGCGGGAGCGUCAAGGGAUAGCCCCUACUGAACAAUGCCAACGGUGUUUUGACCGCUACUGUUGGGAUGGCCAAGAGUAUACUGGUCCCAACACUGGAGACAAUUUCAACGACGAUGGGCGCCAAGUCGUCGCGGAUAAGUACUCGGAAGAAAACCUAGAGGGUUUCCGGACGUUACCUAUCAAGCGUGAUGGCGGUCACAGCGCCAACCCCGACGACGGUGUACUCGACGAAAAGGAGGUGAUGAAAUGGGUGAAAAGCGGGAGAAUUCCUGAUGAAUCUUUGCCUGAAUCAGGCAAUUGGACGAAUGCAGACGUCAGCAGAGACCGACGGACACUGUUUUAUCGCUCGACAUCUGCCACUGAUGUGGUCAUGCCCGACGGCAAGAUCAAGCGACAUUGGCAAGGAUGA